CUGGCCUCCUCCACCCCCUCUGCAACCUAGCUCAAAAAACGCAGCCACAGAAUUCUAUUGAUCUCCCAAAUCAAACAUCCACUCUCUCUCUAUUCAAUCAGAGCUACUAGCUUAAUUCAUCCAUCUACAACAAUGAACAUCGCCAAAUCGAGCUCCCUUACCAGCCUCAGGUCAUUCAACCACCUCCGCCAAUCUGCCAUUGUUUGCAGAGAGCUUUCUACUUCAUCAUCUCCUUUCCCUACCAUUCUCAAACAGUCGUCGAUCCUCACCAAUCAUCUCUUGCCGCCGCCUCAACAACAGCAUUCUCCCUCCGUCCGCCAUUACCGCAUCCGUCGUGAUGCCAAUUAUGAGAUGUUACGACCAAUCAACUGGGGAAUCCGGAUCGUCCCCGAGAGGAAGGCGUUGGUGGUGGAACGAUUCGGGAAGUUUGCGAAGACUCUCAGUCCUGGAAUUCACUUUCUCGUUCCGUUUGUUGAUCAAAUCGCUUACGUGCAUUCUCUCAAGGAAGAGGCAAUUCCGAUUCCGGACCAAUCUGCUAUUACUAAGGACAAUGUUAGCAUCUCAAUUGAUGGAGUUCUCUAUGUCAAGGUUGUGGACCCGAAACUAGCAUCGUAUGGUGUUGAGAAUCCCUUGUACGCAAUUGUUCAGCUUGCGCAGACAACAAUGCGUAGUGAACUCGGGAAGAUCACGCUCGACAAGACGUUUGAGGAAAGAGACACCCUGAAUGAAAAGAUAGUGAUGGCCAUCAAUGAUGCUGCUAAAGACUGGGGUCUGAAGUGUCUUCGUUAUGAAAUAAGGGAUAUAUCUCCUCCUCGUGGAGUGAGGGCAGCCAUGGAGAUGCAGGCAGAAGCAGAACGCAAAAAGAGGGCUCAAGUUCUUGAGUCGGAAGGUGAUAGGCAGGCAAACAUUAAUGUUGCUGAUGGGAAGAAGAGUUCAGUGAUCCUUGCCUCAGAAGCUGCAAAACUGGACCAGAUCAAUAGAGCAAUAGGAGAAGCAGAAGCAAUUGUUGCUAAAGCGCAAGCAACAGCCAAAGGUAUCUCCAUGGUGUCACAGGCUCUCAAAGAACAUGGGGGUGUAGAGGCAGCAAGUUACAGAGUCGCUGAACAAUACAUACAAGCCUUCAGCAAGAUAGCCAAAGAGGGCAAUACACUGCUGCUUCCUACCACCAUUGACAAUCCGGCUCGCAUGAUGGCUCAAGCUCUGAACGUAUACAAAAGCUUGAUUGGUGGCAAUUCUGGUGAUGUGCUUGAAGACACCAGUCAAUUUGGAAUCACAGGAAAUGUUAAGGCCGGGCCUCCUCCUCAUAAAACUAAUGAGAGCUCCACACCAGCUAAAACAAAUGACGGAGAUAAUCAAGUUUUCUCAUUCCAGAGCCCCGAGAAGGAACAUUAGACUAUGUGCAACGCCACCUCAAUCAUUCCGCAAGGCAGAGGUCUAUUGUGACCUUUGGUUCUGUUACUCUUUUUUCUUUUUUAGUCCAUUUCAACUUACUUUGGGAUAGGAGAAGCAAGGAAUUUAUAGACUGCUCAGAUUGAUGAGAGAAUUGUUAUUCUAUUUCAGUCAUUACACAGUGUGCCAUCUAAGGAAAAGUCCAAGUGUAACUCACUUUGAACACCAUAGCAAGCAGAGGAAUGGCAUUUUUGGUAUUAUUUUGAUGUUGAACAUUGAACUGCAUAAUCCUUUUAACUGAUGAUUUUGUGCCUGGUGUUUAUUUUGUAUCUGCAUUGUGCCUAAGAUGUCUUUGUUCGGAUUACAAGUUGACACAGCAAUGCAAUUUGAAAUUUUUAUGAGAA